UUUAUCAGUAUUUUGAGGUUGACAAAUCGCAGAAGAAGAAAGUGAUGACACGCAAGAUCCAGCUGCAAUCCUUGUGACAGACGUCAUAAUAAAUAGUCUAGCGAUUUCAAAACAAAAAUAGUUGUAGAAAAGCAAUAAUGCAUUAAAUAAACACUAAACGGCUAUAACCAUGACUACAAACGGAAAAAUAAACGCCGAAACCCAAUUGCAAGUGACAAUCGGUAGGUUGCUACAAUCUGUUACCGAUAAAAGCUAUCUAGUGUUGGAAUCUGUGAAAUGUUCAUUGAAAAAAUUGGCCGAAAAACACCCAAAUCAAGUGUUAAACUCGUGUUGUCAGUUCAUAACAAAAUCCCCAAAACCACCUCCUGAACAUGUUUCAUCCAUACUCUACAUAAUGGAACUAGUCUGUUCCGACCAUAUAUUGAAGAUCAACGGGGAUACUAUUAUACAAACAAUAAAUGUUAGCCUCUCCAUUAUGACUGAAAAUAUUAGCUGGGACUCCCAAUUACAAAGGCCUGCGUCAGGGAUACUUGUAGCCCUUGGGAGGGAACAUUAUGUACAGGUUAUGGAUGCUCUAAGGGAAAAACUGCAGCCUUCGGUAAUUCCCCAUCACAUGGUGCCCUAUACUUUGGGUGCCUUAGCAAGUGCCAAUGCCAUCGGAGUAGUACCGUAUUUGAAAGAUAUCUAUAGUAUUAUCUUACCACUUCUUCCAUCUUUGCGAACCGAGAUACUAAAACAAUCUGUUUCAUUUGCUCUGGGCAAUUUUUGCGAGGCCCUCACAGAGUAUAUCUCGAAUUCAGAAAAGGUUCCGGAUCCCACUAUAAGCCUAGAAACUUUCAGCGAAGAAAUCAGCAUAGCUUAUAAUAUACUUUUUUCUAAUUGGAUCAAUUCCCGCGAUGCCAAGACAAACGAAUGUGUGCUAGAAGCCAUAACUUUGAUAUAUCCAGUUCUGUCUGAGAAUAUAGCGCAGCAAACGCCGAAAACUAUUCAAGUUCUCCUCAAUUUGUAUAAGCGCAACGUUAACACUUACAGCAUUACCAAAUGCUUAGGUUCGGUUAUCAAGAAGUCUGCGUCAAUGAACGGGAUGCUUCUAGAACCGAUGCUUCCGAAUAUUCUAAGCACUCUGUUCGAUUUGCUGAAUAUUUCGCCGGAUUACGCCCAACCGAGCUUCCUGAAAAGCCAUUCCGAAGUUUUGAGGUGUUAUGAAUGCUUCGUCCUGCACUUUACAGACAACACCAUGGACCAGCUCUUGUCUCAGCUCAAAAACAACAACGACAAAGAAAAAGUUAAAUCUUUGAUUGUUAUAACGCACCUGAUUUCGUAUAGCGGGGACCAGGCCAUUAAGGGAAGGUACAAGGAUAUUGUGAAGCAUGUCAACGAUGUUUUGAAUGACAACAAUCUCAGAGUCAAGACUGCUUUAGUUAAGAUUAUUGUUGCGUUGUGCUGCAAGAAGGUUCUCUUAGAUAAAGAAAUUAACCCCGACGGUCCUGAAAAGUACAUUGAAUUCAUCUUGAAGAUGUGUUGUAAGCAAGUUCUACCUAAAAGUAUUAUUCUCGAUCCUCAAGAGCUCGAUAACAUUCAAAAAUCAACUGAUAAUACGUUGUACAUGUUAAGCACUUCCGUUCCGGAGCUGGAAUCCGUUUUGUGGAAUUUGCUUUUAAAGUGUUUUUUGAAUCCAACGUACGACGACGCCAUAGUUGUCAUUUUACGAUGUCUAACUCACUUGGCUUCGAAAAGAGACAAAGUGGAGAGCUGUGAGACUGCGUUUGUGAGAGCGUUAUCGCUUCUAGCGAGGCCCUUGCCUAAUUUUAGAGGUUGCUUCAUUCUGAACUUCCUGAAGAAUAUAAAACCGUGCAGCGUAGAAAGUUAUAAAGUCGUUUGGGAUGGGAAGAUCCCGCAACUGUUGAAGUAUCUGGAGCAGAAUUUAGAAAACUUCAACGUCAUAGAGUGGCACGAUUUAGUGUUUGAUUUUUUGAAUAUUCUGCUGGAAACGACCAGCAAUGAGUCCUUUAACGAAAUGAUCGUUGUAAAUGCCAAGAAACAACUGGAGAUGUACAGUAACACAAGAUACGUUGCGAGCCAAAACGGCGACUAUCAAAUCAAACAAUCAGAAAAACAGUUCCUAUUGAAAUGCCUUGCUAUAGCUUUAUGUUACCUCAGAGACAAAGAGUCCGUCAUGCAGACCUUAGAUUCUAUCUUGAACAACGUCAAAUUGACGGAUUACGCGGAAUCCCAGACGUGCGCAGAAGCAGUAGGCAUUUGCUCGCGAACGCAUUUACAGUUGGUGCUCGAAAAGCUAGCUACGAUUAGAAAGGAGGUGCUCACGAAGAAAUCCUCAAAAUUUCUCAACUUCUUAAAGGACCAGAAACACGAAGUGGCCUUGGACCGUUUGCGCUACACAGUCCUUUGCAGUUACGCGCAAGUGUGCAACGAAGCUCCGUCCCACGAGCUCCUGCAGGUCAUCCAGAGCGAGAUCUUGGAGUAUGCCGUCGGGGAAUUGGUGAACAGUAAGGAUUUUCCUAUAAGGAAGAUAUGUCUCAAAACUAUACAGGCUGCGGCUGAUGCCAUGCAUCCCAAUAGGAAUUCUCUGCACGUGAAAAUGAACGACAGGGAUAAUAUUAUUAGGUUGGUUUCUUCUCACAUUCAUCUCCACAGCGGCCCCGAGUACAUAGAACUUUUUCCUCUAAUCAUUCCGACGGUCACGGCUCUAGUGAGACUUCCUGUUCCGAUAGAAUCCGAAGACAGAAUUAAGUUGCUUAAACUGUUCUUCGACAACGUCUACAACGCAGCUACGGUUUACUGCAAGAUCAAUCCGGACAACACGGACAAGUAUUACGGAGAGCUGAAGCUGGUGCCGCACGUCACCAAGAGUUUCACCGAGUUGAAUCAGCUGGUGAAGGAUUUGCUGUUGCAGAAUCUGUCUCCCGCCACAUUGGACGAAAUCGUUACUUUGUUGGAGCCUUGGUUAAGUAAGAAGAGGCAAGAACAGAGACUACCGGCGGCCGAAACCUUGCGGUUGGUUCUUCAAACCUACUUGGACAACAUGAAGUUCGCCUACGAAUGUCCUACCACGUUCGGCCAAACUGGUUUCCUAUUGGCCAAAGUCGUACCAAGGUGCACAGAUCUCAACAAAAACAUCCGAAAGGUGUCCGUUGAGUGCUUGUGCAUCAUUUUGUGUAUAGCGGCCAGAUACGAAGGCCACAUGAGGGACCACGACAAAGUGCUGAGCAACUCGUUGCAGCAUAUCCACCAGCAGAUCGAUUCCGACGAACCGAAGCUGUUGUACAACUUAACCUCGGAUUUGGCGCAUAUUAUUUGCGUCAAUCUUCCCUCCUUUCAACUAAUUCACUGCAUCGACGGUCUCACUGAUGCUCUGCUUGAUUGCGAGUCUUCAAGCUCCAACGGAAGCAGCGUAGUCCUUAAUGUUAUUCUAAAAAACAAAGGUGGAGAACUGUCAAGUCAUGUGGUACAUGUGAUCGAAAAACUACUGAAACAAUUGUACCAGAUUCGAUGUCCAAGAACCAAGUCUUCCACCUACAGGGCUGUUUUGAAUCUAGCGAUGCAUCAUUCUAAGACUGUAUGUGGCAUUCUACUUAAUCAACCGUUACCAUUUGACAAUGCCAUUUGUGAAUGCUGGUCCAUAAUCUCGAUAGACCUCACCCUGGCAGCUGACCUAAUCGAUCAAUUGAAGAAAGCGAUAAAAUCGACGCCCCUCUACGAAGAUCAAAGCAACGGAAACGUGAGAAUAGCGAAUCUCCAACCCCUGCAAGCGGUGUGCGCCCUACACGAACUCCUGAAGAACUCGCACCUCAAAGACAUAUGCCUGCAGCAGUUUCCCGAACUGUUCACUAUCCUGCUGACUUGCGUUUCUUGCUACAUGGGCGCCAUAUCGCCAGCCAUUAAGAAGAUCGAUUCGGCUAGGGAGAAAUACGGUUUCAGCUUGAACAGAGACGCCUACAAGAUGUUGCCAGCGAAAGUGGCCAUCGAGACGCUGAGGUCGUUCUUGUUGUGCUGCGAGUUCGAGAAAAUGGCCGCCAGUUUGCUGUUGAUCAAUAAUACAGACGCUUUCGAAGACGUCAAUUUAUUUUUAAAGGUAAUCCAAUCUUUGGUUGAAAACGUCUGCGAAGAACAUCCCCAAUCGCUGUCGUGGUUGGUCGCUAGUCUAGGUCCCUACAUCCGAGCAGAUCUCGAUCCUCAGAGAGUAGUAACCGUCGCAUUCUUCUCGCACUUGCUGCAGCAGAGCCACACCGAACAAAACGUACUGACGGAGAAUCUCUUGGAGAUGAUUUUGGACGUUCAAGGAGACAGUUGCAGUUUGGUUAAGAGGUUAGGUUUGCAAGGCUUGGGAUACGCCGCCGAGCAUUUGAGCUACGAAUUGGUGUCAAGGCACUGCAAUCCUAUUCUCAGCGUUUUGAUGAACAGUUUGGAUUAUCACAAUAUUGGGAUGGAAAGUGCCGUGAUCUUGGAGGGCAUGCUGAGCUUCUCGAAGCUGCUGGAUGCAAUGGAGGGGUGCAAGUUCAGCUCGUUCCAAGUAACCGCCGCCGUCAGAAUAAAACCUCUGCUGGAUCAAGAGGACGUUAACUUAAGGAGAGCGGCCUUCAGGUUACUGGGAGAUCUGACGCAGUCCUUGAAUUCCGAAGGUAACUUGGAGGCUUUCAAGGAGCAAAUCCACGGGAACAUCGUUACCUUACUGUUGCAUUUGAGCGAUCCCGAUAUUUACGUAGUUAAGGCUUGCAAAUAUACGUUAAGAAAAAUAGGGCCCUAUCUGGGUAGUUCCAAGGUUAAUUCUAUGAUACAGGAGCACCUAAUAGACGAAGCCAACUUACAUUUCACCGACUUCAUUAGAGAUAUCAUAAAAUUAAUGACUGAAGAUUUGCAAGAUUUGUUCCCACUACUGAUAAUGACGUGCCUAUCGUACUUUAAGAGCCAAUGGGAGGAGAUUAAGGGGAACGCCGCUCUUAUAGCGGGGCUUUUGUACUCCCAGUUAGUCCCGGAGAAUAAAUCCAGAGUGUCGCUGGAUACGGUCUGUGAUAGAUUGUUAAGACUUAUGGAUGACGAAGAUGAGGAGGUGCGAGUUAAGGCUGUAGAGGCAGUUUCUUAUUUAUUCAUCGAUUAGUAACAAUUUAAAGGUCUCUUUUGGGUUAAAUGAUGUCUGAACAAGGAUUAUACUCCUGCUGGUUGAAAGCAAGGAACACUUUUUAUUAGAUUUUUAUUUUUAUUAUACAGGGCGUCAGAGGAAACGGGCCACCCACAAAAUUUAGGAAAUUUUUGAUUUUAAUUUUUUUUUCCUAUUUAUAUCAAAUUAAAUUUAUUGUUUAUUGAGUCAGUUACUGUUGUAGCACGUAACCGUACAUUAACAUUAGUACCAAAUGGAAAACAAGGAAAGUUUUGAGAAAAUAAUAAAUGUAUUGAAAAUUCCGAUGUACUAUCACAGCUACAGUUAUUACCAAUAAUUGACUUAUAGAGUCAAGAAAAGGCAAUAAUUAUCACUCGUUUUAAUAAUGUGUGUGCCACCAUCGCUCUGAAUUACACUCAUCAGUGGAUUUGGCAUAGAGCUGAUCACGUUUUGGAUGUCUCUAUGGAGAAAGUAGUCCAUUCCUCAAUGAGAGCUGUUCGAAGCUCUUCACAUCUUGUGGGAGCAGGUGAAGUCUUACACGCCUUUUGAGAGGGCUCCAUAUAUAGUCAAUAGGAUUUAGGUCAGGUUUAAGAAAGAUAGUCCAUUUUUGGAACACCAACGUCUUCACGAUACUGUGUUACAAUCCUUGCCGUGUGUGAUCUCGUAUUAUUUUGCAUCAGUUGAAAACCAUUUCAAUAAUCCCGCAUAUGGCAUCGCAUCUGUGUUCUGUAUAGGUGUGCUGUUAAUGUGUCUCUCUCAAUCAAGACGAGAUCCGUGUGUGCCUCAAAAGAAAUCUCUAUCCAAAACAUUACUGAGCCACCACCAAAAGCACCCCGGUGUGACCGAGAGCAGGUAGCAUUAGUGAUGUUGAUUAUAGUUACUUUCGAGUAUUCGUUACAAAUAGUUACUUUUGUAUAAAGUAAUCAUUUACAGUAUUCGUUACUUUGAUUACUAUGAUUACUUUUGUAUUUGAGUACCGGUAAUCAUAUCGAGAAUCGUAUUUCUCAGUAGGUAGGUAUUUUGUAUUUUGUAUAGGUAUAGAUAUAUAUCUAGAUAAAAAUAUAGGGUUCUCGAUCUCGGGCAUUCGAUCUUUGUUAAUGACAUACAUUACACAUUUUACCUCCAUUAUACCUCCCUCUGUUUCAUCUUAUAUCUUCUCCUCGCCCUCACAGUGUGAGGCUCUGAGGCUCACACCCUUAAAACGCUUCAUACCGAUAACGAUAUUCGAUAACACUCGUAAAAUACCGGUCCCGUCCAUUACUCGCUGGGAUACGAUUGGUAGAAAGUAAUCAAGUAAUCAGAGUAAUCAAAGUAGAUACAAUAGUCGUUACUCGCUCUGAUACGAUUGGUACGAAGUAAAGAGUAAUCAAAGUAACGAUUUGCCUCUCUGUACAAUAAUCGUUACUUUCGGUAUUCGUAAGUAACGAGUACUUUGUAAUGAAUAUAUACUUUUUCAACAUCUCUAGGUAGCAUAAGAUUUGUAGACAAACUGUACACCUUAUUACCAUAAACUUUGUCAUAAAUUAAUAUUCCACACUCAUCGGUAAACCGUAUUUUUUUUUCAAUCAUCUAUUGUCCAAUUGACGUGUUCACGGGCAAAUGCAAUUCUGCGUCUUUUGUGCGCAGCUGCAAGUAAUGGCCCCGUUACUGUAUUGCAAGCUGUCAAACCCUGUUCUCUUAAUCUUCGUCGAACAGUAGAAACGCUGAGUACUGGUCCUUGGGCUUGCUGAAUAUGGCUUUGGAGCAUUCUAGCAGUUUGCGUCCGGUCUCGCAAUGCAGUAAUAGUAAGAACGCCAUAUUAUCUGACUGUUGUCUUCCUUUCGGCACCCGUACCGGAUCACUGUUAAUAAGUUCCGGUCUCAAGAAAUCGUUGGUAAGUCUAACGAUUACGGUCUGACUGUAAGUAAUCGUUGGACGACUAACAUUCAAUUGUCUUGCCACAUUCCUUUUGACUUACUCCAUUUUCCAGCAAUGUAAUACACAGACUAUUUUCUCGAAUUGGCUGGAUUUUAGCAGGUUUCUUGUGACUUGAAAAUUAACUGUGUCCAUCACUUUUUUUUUAAGCAUGCACGCUACUUUCUGUGCAAUAUAAUGCUUUGCUUGCUUCUGCUACAACAGCACUUAUAUUAAUCGAUUUUGAAAAGUAUUUGAAAACAUUAACAAUCAUUUGUUUUUUUACGGCUAAAUCCCCCACAUAUUCGUCUUUUUCUAGCAGACAAAAAGCUAGCUUGACAGAAAAUGGAUCAGGCAACAUCGCAACUGUAAAUAAGGGUAGAGUCAUUAAAAAAUGCAAAGAAUAGUGAAAGAGGCGUAUAGUUCAUAAGAGCCUAUAGUGAAAGAAAACUUGAGACGGAGUAUACUACAGUAUGCGGCAGAAUAAACAGUACUGAAAUGGAUAUUGAAAUGCAUAUCAUUAUUUAUAUAUUUAGUAUAAUGAUAUAGCCUUGCAAACAUUAUUCACGACGACGUUCCCGAUAAAACAGGUAAAGAUGCGCUCUGGCACGAAAACCAUCUUUAAUUCUAGUCCGCAAUUGCGGAAUGUCAGGUGGUGGAUCUGUCUGUCUCCUUCGGAAUUCCCGAUAUAUAUGCAUCAGGUGGCGUUAGGUCUGGUGUGGAAAAUCACUGCAACGCGAAAUAAGGCGAUCCCCAAAAUAAUCACACAGUAUUCAAAGAGACUCCCUGGCAGUGUGACAGGUUGCCCCGUCCUGCUGAAAGCAUUGUUGAUUUUACGCUUGGACCGUUAGGUCUCCACUAGGGAAAAUAGUACUCCACGAUAAAACAAUUUUCUACAAAACUGAGAACCAUCCUGAAGCCUAACAUUAACACCACAUUCAUAUAUAGUCUGGGCUGAUUAUCGGAGAAUAGGCCAUUUUUGGGAAAAGUUAUUUACCAGCAAUUUUAUUGCUGGAAUCGAAGCUUAUGAUUGUAUAUAUUAAAAUAUAGGUAUGCCAAGUCCGCAGAUAGUGUGCUACUUUUUUUAUAAACAAAAUGGCGCCCCCAAAUCGUGUUUUUUUUUCAAUUAUUGCUCUAUAACUCCGAAGAUUUUAACUUUACAACAAAAACCCUCAAAUAAAAAUUCACCGCAAUUAAAUUCUGCAUAGAGAUAUGUUUUUCCCGAUCUGCUCCGACGAAAAUUUUCCUCGGAAAAUGCGGGUUUUCCCAACAAAAUCUUUAAUUUUCAAAUAAAGUUUUAGAUAAGUAAUUAUCUACUAAUAAUUAACUAAUUUGGUGACUUAAAAGCCUUCUUGGUUUAGAGUAUAGUUCCAGAAGCUGGUGAAAAUUGAACGAAUAUUUUAGCAACAAUUCAAUUGUUAAUUAAUAAUUUACGGUCGCAAUAAUAACCAAAAUAAUUAUGAUACACUGAUCAAACUUUGAAAUCUUAUAAAGAUGAGAUGUCUAUUUAACAUUUUGUCGACAAAAUAUAAUUUUUUUUAUUUUUUUGCACAAUCCUUAAAUGUCAAAAAAAAUAGUUAUGAACAAAUUAACGUUUCUCAGACAGUUUUUAUUAUAUUCUCAUUUUAAAAAAUAGUUAAAAUGCGUAUUUCAAAUAUCUUGAAAAUGAAUGCUUUAAAACUUUUUUGCAACCAUUUGCAAAAAAGUUAUGAAACAGCAAAGUAAACAUACGAUUACUGCGUUGUUUAUAAUUUUUUUUAGUUCUUUCAAAGCGUAAAAGUGAGUUUAAUUAAUGGUUAUAUUUUAAUUAAAGAUUAUAAAUAUAUUUUUUUGUAAUUUACACGCGCGAAAGUAGACUAAUAUUCUUUUUCUCAUGAUCAUCUUUCAGUGCGUCACAGUUUUUCGAUUUCUCUCUAACACAUUAAAUUGUAUGUGACAGAAAAAAAGGCACGUCUUUGAAUACUUUGGUAAUUAUUCUAGUUCGGUGAUUAUUCUAGUUGUCGAUAGAUGGCGCCAUAACCAAAAAAGAAUUAUUAAUUAAAUAAAAUAAUAAUAUUAUCAAUAUAAUCUGUACAAUUUAUAAGACUAUACAAAUGAAAGAAAAUACCAUUUUAUAAAUGCAAUAGACACAAUUGAUUUGGUUUUAUUACAAAUUGAAAAUAAAAUUUGACAACUGUUAGAUUUAACAAAAAUGUCACGUUAGAAUAAAUGUCAUAAAUGUGUAUUAUCACGGACUUACCUUUUUUUCUAUAAUUUGUGACGCACUGAAAAAUGUUCAUGAAAAGGAGAAUACAAUACAGUACUGUAGCUAAAAUUUUCACUCGAAGCGACGAUCGCCGCGCGACGUACACUUAAUAAAUAAAAUUAUAUUAUUAUGUAUGAUGCGUGUCAGUCGCUUCGAGUGAACAUUUUAGCUCCGGCUCUGUAUCAAGCCUACUUUCGCGCUAAAAAUUACAAAAAAAAGUAUUUUUAAUCUUUGAUUAAAAUAUAAACAUUGAACUAAUAUUUGAUAUUCUUUGUGAGUAAUUAGAUUGUACCACAGACUCACUUUUAAGCUUUGAAGCAAUUAAAACAAAUUAUAAACAACGGAGAUAUCGUAUAUUUACUUUGCUGUUUCAUAACUUUUUUGCAAAUGGUUGGAAAAAUUUUUUAAAACAUUCAUUUUCAAGACCUUUGAAAUACGCAUUUUAGGUAUUUUUUAAAAUUAGAAUAUAAUAAACAAUCUCUGAGAAAUGUGAAUUUGUUUAUAACUAUUUUUUUUAAACAUUUAAAGAUUAUGCAAAAAAAUGAAAAAAUUAUAUUUUGUCGACAAAAUAUUAAAUAGGCAUCACAUCUUUAUAAUCUUUCUAAGUUUGAUCAAUGUCUCAUGAUUAUUUUGGUUGUUAUUGCGACUGAAAAUUGUUAAUUAACAAUUGAAAUGUUGCUAAAAUAUUCGUUUAAUUUUCACCGGCUUCUGCAGUUAUAAUCUAUACCAAGAAAGUUUUUAUUUCACCAAGUUAUUUAAUUAUUGAGAAAUAAUUACUUGCCCAAAAAAUUUAUUUGAAAAUUCGAGAUUUUGUUGGGAGAACCCACAUUUUCCGAGGAAAAUUUUCGUCGGAGCAAAUCGGGAAAAACAUGCCUCUAUGUAGAAUUAAAUUGGGGUGAAUUUUUAUUUGCGUGUUUUUUUGUGUAAAGUUAAAAUCUUCGGAGUUAUAGACCAAUAAUUGAAAAAAACACGAUUUGGGGGCGCCAUUUUGUUAAUAAAAAAAGUAGCACACUAUCUGCGGACUUUGCAUACCUAUAUUAUUAAUAUAUAGGAUCAUAAUAUUCGAUUCCAGCAAUAAAAUUGCUGGUAAAUAACCUUUCUUUGUACUUUACUAAUUAGACCAGCGUAUUAUAACUAUUUUUUUUUCAAAAUUUAAAGAUUAUGCAAAAAAAACGAAAAAUUUAUAUUUUGUCGAUAAAAUAUUAAAUAAGCAUCUCAUUUUUAUAAUCUUUAUAAGUUUGAUCAAUGUAUCAUGGUUAUUUUGGUUAUUAUUGCUAUCGUAAAUUGUUAAUUAACAAUUGAAUUGUUGCUAAAAUAUUCGUUUAAUUUUCACCGGCUUCUGGAAUUACAAUCUAUACCAAGAAAGCUUUGAUGUCACUAAGUUAUUUAAUUAUUGAUUAAUAAGUACUUACCUAAAACUUUAUUUGAAAAUUAGAGUUUUUGUUGGGAAAACCCGCAUUUUUCGAGGAAAAUUUUCGUCGGAGCAAAUCGGGGAAAACGUAUCUCUAUGCAGAAUUUAAUUGCGGUGAAUUUUUAUGUGGGUGUUUUUGUUGUAAAGUUAAAAUCUUUGGAGUUAUAGAGCAAUAAUUGAAAAAAAUACGAUUUGUCGGCGCCAUUUUGUUUAUAAAAAACUAGCACACUAUCUGCGGACUUUGCAUACCUAUAUUAUUAAUAUAUACAAUCAUAAGAUUCGAUUCCAGCAAUAAAAUUGCUGGUAAAUAACUUUUCCAUGAAUUUUGCUAAUUAGCCCAGAGUAAUACGUUAUAACAACGUUCAGAAACCACUCAGUACGUUUCGAGUCAUGACACUUACAGAUUUGAGGCAUACGCAUUUCAGUACUAUUUAUUUGGCUGCCUUCCGUAUUAGUUUCGAAGUCACGGUUUGGUUGGCCCCUCUGAAAGAAUAACUAUUUUACAAUUAUUACAUCUUUACACUUACCUUUUUUUACCAAGAAGAACCUAGUUUGUUUCCAUUGUCAGUUUAAUGGUUAGUUUUUCGUCAUCAUUAAAUCCAGAAUUGAGUGCUAUAUCCUAGAAGAUUUCCUAAAAUCUCAAUAUACGGUAUUGGAAUAUUUUUAUGUAAUAUUCUUAAAUAACCACAUGGAAUUUUCAGAUUAAGCUGUUUUCACUGAUUAAUUAUGGUUUGUUUCCUAAUCUUCCAUGCUUUUACUGAGAAUAUUAGUAUUAUCGACAUAUUUGCCUUGUGGUAUAAUUAUAGCAUACCCAGAAAUCUUUAAUGAGUAGCUUAUCAAGUCUUUGUUUUUUAAACGAACUCUUUGUAUUAAAUGUAGAAAAACGCUGAAAUACUUAUCACAGCUUUGAAGUUCCGCACCUAAGAUUUUGUGUUUCGCUUUUAGUCCUGAAGAAAUAAAUUUGAUUUAAAUGAAUAUGUUGAUUAAUUAUUAGUCCAUUGUUACAUUAAAAGUUACAUUUUUAGGCCUUAGCGUGACGUUUUUCAGAGGACGCAAUUUUAUUUUUUUGAUGUGUUGAGGAGGUAAGUAUAAGCUUAUACACUUCGCUAGACGCUUACUAAGACACACGAUUUUCGAAGCUCACUGAGGCUGCGAACUGGCAUCGUUGCGCUUCGUUAGAACCUGUACUGACUUCUCGGAGUGACAAACACUAUUCGCGGUGUGCAAGUACUUGGAGGGGAUACGAGAAACGAUCGUGCGCGAAGAAAUCUUGCAAUUUUCUUAAAUAAUUCAUAUUGUCAAUUGAAAUUGUCAAAUUGAGGUUUAUUUCAUACCUACUGUCACUGAAGAAGAAAAAUUAUAUGUUGCUCACAAUAUUGAUAUGAUAUGCAAUUAUUAUAUAAAAGUAUAUAUAAUUAAUUGUAUUUUGCUUGCAGUACUGCAUUUUAAUAAUUAAUUUUAUUUGCUACAUACAAUUGUUUAUCUUUUAACAACAUAACCUCAUCUUACAUUUUCUUCUUAUAAUUUUUUUGUGCUACGGCCUUGACAAUUAUCCAGCAACCAGGACCAAUACGAUUGGCCAAUAUAAUUAAAAGUGCGAAAAAAGUUGCCGAGCUAUGAAACCAGGUGUCGCUUUUCCGAACUUGCACGGUCCCAAUAGUAGUCUAGUUAAAUUAUUGUAAUGAUCACUAUAUUUCUUAAAAACAAGAUUUGUUUGUUUAGCUUUAAUAAUAGACAACUUAACAAAUAUGCAAAUUUUAAAUCUAUUAUUAUAAAGUUCCAAUAACAAACAAAAAAUCAUUUUACUUAAAUUAUUCAAAGAGCCAAACUAAACUAAUAUAACCUUAAAUGUUUAUACAAGGGCGCUCCGCUGAUGAAAUGUUGAUAAGUUGAUAUUUUGGUAAUCGGGCAAGAUCCCUUGGGCAUUCGGUAACUUUCGUCUCGAUAGGGAUGCGUCCUAACGUACGUAUCAGACCGUUACGUUAGGUAAUACAUAUCUAGAUACGUGAGUUCAACCAUUAAUGCGCAUGCUUAUAUGUCAAAAAGAUACGUUACGUUUACGCAGUUGGCUGCACAAAAACUCUAAAAUUGUAGACAGUUCUACGUAGGGUUGCUAGUUUACGAGAUAUAGCGCGAAAACCCUUUGGACCCCUUUUCCAAUAUGGCUAUACUAAGUUGGACCGGUUAAAUUCUUAUAUUUAAAAGCGACCUCUAGUGUCCGUACCGAUUAUGUGGCAACACGGUUCAUUUACUUCUCAUUUGAGAAGCAUUGCCGUAUACAAGCCGCACAGACAACUUAAGAGUGACAAACCCUAUUCGCCGUGUGCAAGUCAGAGACAUGUUAAGGAUAGACCGGGCUAGUCAUACGCCACUCAAUGCAUCGAGGUGUAACGCCGACAUAGGAUUGAGUGGUCUAGCCAUCUUUGUCUGUCACAUGCGCGGGAUCGGUUGGUUAAAAGAGAUAGAUAGACCACCGAUCGACUGUUUCCAUGCUGUUUCCGCGUUACGCUUUUUUGGUGAGUACGCCUUGUCUACGCUUAAUAUGUCAAUGGUGCAAGUACUUGGAAGGGAAUUGAGAAACGAUCGUGCGCGAAUAGCGGAGAAAUCUUGAAACUUUCUUAAAUAAUUCAUUGUCAAUUGAAAUUGUCAAAUUGACGUAUAUUUCAUAUCUACUGUCAAUGAAGAAGAAAAAUUAUAUGUUGCUCCACAAUAUUGAUAUAAUAUGCAAUAAUUAUUUAAAAGUAAAUUGAAUUAAUUUUAUUUGCUUGUAGUAGUGCAUUUUAAUAAUUAAUUUUAUUUACUACAUACAAUUGUUUACCUUUUAAUAACAUAACCUUAAUAUUACUUUUUAUGAAAACCACUUGCACCUUUUUCUCCAAUAUGGCUAUAAGGUAGCGACCCCACAAACUUGAACUUAAGUUUAUACUAACCCCACCUAUACAUAAAAAAAUUGCGUCUUCUGAAAAAUGCAGCCAUAAGUGUAACUUUUCAAUGGACUAUAUCGAAUGAUAUUUUGUCGAAAGACUAAAUUAUUUCUGCAAGUAUCACUCGAUUUGUCGUUUUAACAGGGUCGUAGCAUUCGUUCAGUACUUAUAGACGAAUUUGGUGAUCAAAUUAGUGAUUAUACUUAUUAAAUAAAAAUGAAAAAUAAAAUUACGGCUAUACUAUUUUCUAGCCUAGAAAAAACGUAUAAAAAUGUUUAAUUUGAGCAAAAAAGUAAAGUAAUUUUAAUUUUUCAUUUGAAACAAUACAUUUUCUGUAAAAAGACUUGUUUCUUCUUCUACAUUAUGUAAUUUAAAUGGUUCCAUGAAAUUUCAUUAUUGUUAUAUGUAUAGGAAUGAGUUAUAAGUAAUUGUAUAAAGAAUAGCUACCAAUUAUUGUUUUUUGUUUCAUAUAUUUUUUAUAAAUAAAACCUAUGUAUAUUGUUA